AUGUCGCAGAAAGAUCUCGACUCAGCCGUCCUGGCUUACCUCGUUAAAAGGGGAUUCACCAAAACCGUCAAAGCGUUGGAGAAGGAAUCGGAUGUGAAAGCAGGUGAGGAAGGGAAAUUGGAAGCAGUCUGGAAUGCUUCGCAAGUCAAGAACGAAGAUGUCGAGAUGUCCUCUUCUUCCUCGGAAUCAUCGAGCUCAGAGAGUGAGAGUGAAAGUGAAAGUGAGAGUGAGAGUGAAGAUGAGGGAAAGAAAAAUGUCAAGGCAGCAGCUGCUGUGCCUCUUCCUGCCUCUUCCUCCGGAUCAAGCUCAAGCUCAAGCUCCUCUUCGUCCUCCUCUGAAUCGGAUCCCGAGUCUGAGUCCGGCUCUGAGUCGGAUUCGUCUUCUUCAAGCUCCAGCUCCAGCUCAAGUACAAGCUCUUCGUCCUCAUCGUCAUCCUCAUCUACAUCAAAAUCCUCUUCCUCUUCAUCCUCCGCUAAACCCCAACCUGCCUCAGCGUUGUCCAGCGUGACCCUCAAAGGUGAUACACCCGCUCCAGCCAAAUCUUCAUCUUCUUCUUCCUCAUCAUCCUCCUCUAGCUCUGACUCGGAAAGUGAUUCCGACAGUUCAUCUUCAUCAUCUGAAAGUGGUAGUGAAUCAGAAGACAACGACAGCGAGAAGAGCGUCAAGAAAUUCUUAGAUAUUGAAGCUUCUGAAUCUGAAUCUGGGUCCGAAUCCGAUUCUGAGUCUAGCGAUUCCGAAUCCGAUUCCGACUCUUCCUCUUCAGCAUCGUCUUCGUCAUCUUCUUCGGAUGGCGAAUCAGAAUCAGAGAAAGAAGAGGCUAAACCGGUUAUUGGACAGAAAAGAAAAGCACCUUCCGCCUCUUCUUCGUCCUCCUCCUCUUCCUCAUCUUCCUCUUCAUCAAGCUCUUCUUCUUCUUCCUCUGAUUCUUCGUCAUCUUCCGAGUCCGAGUCAGAUUCCGAAUCAACUCCAGCAGUAACAGUAGUAACCACCAAGAAAAGGAAGCUCGAAGAUGGUACAGAAGCUAUAACAUUCACUUCGACCACUACUACUCCUGCUCACCAUCAUCACCACCAUCAUCCUUCCCGAGCGGGGAAUUUCGGUACGCCCGGUUCAAGUGCCGCAGGGACACCUACGGGAAGUGGAAAGAAGCAGAGAAUUCAGGGACAGAGGUUCGAAAGGAUCAAAAUGGAUAAUGUAACAUAUCAUCAUGAUGGUUUGAAAGAUAAUUCCUUUGCUGCUAGGGAAGCUGCGGGUGCCAAUCCAAAUGACUACGGGGCGAGAGCUUCGAGGGACUUGAUUGUAACUAGAGGUGCAGGAUUCAGGAAGGAGAAGAACAAGAAGAAAAGAGGGAGUUACGUGGGUGGCGAAAUCACCUUGGCUACUCAUUCGAUCAAGUUCGACGAUUAG